UUGAAAGAUGGUUGUAAUUUGUAAACUUGUCCAAUGUAGCAUCCACUACAUGCAGCUUUACACUUUCUUUUUUCUUUUCUUUUGAGAAUGAGAGGCAUGCAGCUUCAUGCCUCGAAAUCUUAACAUUUGCAUUUUAUCACCCUGAUUUCAUAGACUCAUAGUUUCAGUAAAGAGAAUAAUUACAUCGGAAAAAAGGAAUCUUGAGAAAAAUAGGACAAAGAAGAGUAAUUUUGGUGAAAUAAUUACCAAUAGUUUGUAGACUUGUAGUAGCCCAGUCAAAAAUAAACACGUAAGAAUGAAUAAUUGUUAGGGAUCAGUGUUGAGUCAUUGUUACAGAUCAGAGUUGAGUCAUAGCCAUAUCACAUGUUUCCACCUUUUAUAUCUCCCUAUGCAUAAAUACAAUUAUUAUUAUUAUCUAUUAUUAAUACAGGUGAUCUUGCUUUUUGUUUCGUCUUCAUUCAGUGACUUACGGCACUUAUUUUUCAUUUUCCAUUUUCGUUUACCAUAUCAAAUUCAAUAUACAUCUACUCCAACUCCACACUCUCCUCUCCCAUUUCAACCAUUGCAUCGUUUGGAUUCUCAUACCAAUUUUCAAGCUUGUGGAUAGGGUUGUUUUGAGAGAUGGGUUUCGAGAAAAAAGAGUACGAGUUUCUGAAGGAGAUCGGUUUGGGAUCAGAAAAUCUUGGUGGGUACGUCAAUGGCAAGUGGAAAGCAAGCGGACCAUUGAGCUCUACUGUUAAUCCUUCUAACAAUCAGAAAAUUGCUCAAGUCAAGGAAGUUUCUCUAGAAGAUUAUGAGGAGGGACUACAUGCAUGUAGUGAAGCAGCAAAGACAUGGAUGACUAUACCAGCACCAAAGAGAGGUGAGAUUGUGAGACAAAUAGGAGACGCAUUUAGAGCCAAAUUGGAUCAUUUAGGUCGGCUUGUGUCGCUUGAAAUGGGAAAAAUACUACCUGAAGGAAUUGGGGAGGUUCAGGAAGUCAUUGAUAUGUGUGACUUUGCAGUUGGUCUGAGCCGACAGUUGAAUGGAUCUAUAAUCCCUUCAGAACGUCCGAAUCAUAUGAUGCUUGAGGUGUGGAACCCACUGGGAAUAGUCGGGGUGAUCACUGCUUUCAAUUUCCCAUGUGCUGUUCUUGGAUGGAAUGCUUGUCUCGCCUUGGUUUGUGGAAAUUGUGUUGUGUGGAAAGGUGCACCCACAACUCCUUUAAUAACUAUUGCUGUCACAAAGCUUGUGGCUGAGGUUCUUGAGAAGAACAACUUGCCAGGUGCAAUAUUCACCUCCUUUUGUGGAGGUGCAGAAAUCGGUCAAGCAAUAUCAAAAGAUACUAGAAUACCUCUAGUUUCUUUUACUGGAAGCUCAAAGGUGGGUUUGAUGGUGCAACAAACUGUUAGUGAAAGGUUCGGUAAAUGCUUGCUUGAACUGAGUGGAAACAAUGCCAUAGUUGUUAUGGAUGAUGCCGACAUUGGACUGGCUGUGCGUUCUAUUUUGUUUGCAGCUGUUGGAACUGCUGGUCAACGCUGCACUACAUGUCGUAGAUUGUUUCUUCAUGAACGUGUAUAUGAAAGUGUAUUAGAUCAACUGGUUGGAGUUUACAAACAAGUGAAAAUUGGAGAUCCUUUGGAGGAAGGAACCCUUGUUGGUCCACUACAUACGCAAGGUUCUAGGGAAAAUUAUGUGAAGGGGAUUUCAACCAUAAAAUCUCAGGCAUGGAAAAUCCUCACAGGUGGAUCAAUUGUAGAGUCAGAGGGGAAUUUUGUAGAACCGACAAUUGUUGAGAUUUCAUCUAGUGCUUCUGUAGUGAAAGAAGAACUAUUUGCUCCAGUUCUAUAUGUUAUGAAAAUUAAGUCUCUGGAAGAAGCAAUUGAAUUAAACAAUUCUGUGCCACAAGGAUUGAGUAGUUCAAUCUUUACUAGCAGGCCAGAAGCUAUCUUUAAAUGGAUUGGGCCUCGUGGAAGUGAUUGUGGCAUAGUAAAUGUAAACAUACCAACUAAUGGAGCUGAGAUAGGCGGUGCCUUCGGUGGAGAGAAGGCAACCGGUGGCGGCCGAGAAGCAGGGAGUGACUCUUGGAAGCAAUACAUGCGACGUUCAACUUGCACGAUCAAUUAUGGAAGUGAACUACCUUUGGCUCAAGGCAUAAAUUUUGGCUAGGGAAUUAGUAGUCAAGGUCACAGCCCGGCCCUCUGCAUCGACAUACCUUGCCAGCUUGGAUCUUUAACUUCCUAUCUCAGUAGUCAAUAAUAAAAGUUUCCCUAAUGAACUCUCGUCUUUAAUUUCCUAGGUAGUAAAUGAAAUAAAAAGUAGUUUUUACUUGAGUUUCACUGUGUUGGUUUUGGUAAUGGUAGACCCAACAUGAGUUUGACCCUGCUAGAGUUAAACUUUGACUACUCAUAGAAAGAGGUUAAUAUUCUGCAUGUGAGUCUGUCAUCGAUGUGGGACCAUCGAGGUGUUUGAAUAUCAGAGAUACUACUUCUGCAAUUAUAUCAGUGUUAUUUUUCUACCAAA